AUGUCUUGGUGUACCGGCAUACUCGCGAAGCGGAAGAACAAGCCCGUGAUGCAUUUCGACGACUCGCGGCGCGCGGCGCGGCAGAGCGGCUGGAAGGCGCGGCGCGGGUAUGAGCUCGAGGACAAGGGCUGCUACGCCCACAACGUUCUCGUCGCCAUGGGCGUCCCGAAGGGCCACUGCCUCUACGAAAGCAUCUACGAUACCCUCACAGGCGGGAUCAACCUCACGACGAUCAAGAAGACCGACCUCAUCGGCCACCUCGGCCUGGGGCGGAAGCUGAUGCAGGCCGAGAUGCAGCUGUCCGUGGACGACAUCCUGUCGAUUUACAUCCUGUCCGAGAAGGCAGGCCGUCUGGAUGAGAUCCUCGACCACCAGGCGCUAGGUGUGCACAGCAGCCAGCCCUCGGGCCCGUUCACCGAGGAGCAAGUCGCUCGAGACCCAGUCACACAGGCAGGACCAGCCGGAAACUUUCUGCCUCACGUCCUAUCCCGCCCCGACCACACCCGCGCGAUCAAGCGUGAGGCGCCUGAGGAGGAGGAAGAUGGGAGGGCGAAGAAGCGGCUGAGGCUGUCUCCGAGCCCACCCGGCGUGCCGGACAUGAGGUCAGGACCGCCAGCGCUCCAGCCAGCCGCCGAGGCUUCGAACGGAUGUGUCGCAGAGCCAUCCCACCACGCAUACCAGCUAGAGACACGGCGGGGAGGCCCUGUCCGAGCGGGCAGCCAACAUGAAGACGUCCCAAUGCUCAAAUCGAGCGACAGUCCGGGCCACGGCAGCCCCAGCCGGGCUGCUCCACCAAAUCCUGUCGCCACGGGAGAUGAUGAGCUCGUUGAGAUCAGCGCCGAGCAGUUUAUGGGAACUUAAACUGACAAUCAAGACCACGCAAAGCCAGCGUAAGCACGCAGCUAUUUUGGUUCGGGCCCCUCGCUUUGGAAAGCAUGCCCAGUCGCCAGGAUCAUUUGGGCAUACGGCCCUGACGUUCACCCCUGCUCCGAUAACGGCCUCUCAUAUGAAUCUCGCAUCAAGCUAUGGGCAACAUUAGCAACGACUGCUUAGGCAGCGUCCCC